GGGAGGAGGAGGGAGGAGGGAGGGAGGAGGAGGAGGAGGAGGAGGAGGAGGAGGAGGAAGAAGAAGAAGAAGAAGAAGAAGAAGAAGACGCGAUCGGCGAGACAGGGUCGCCACCACACUCGGAGGCAAAGUCAGAUAAAGCACCAGGUAAAAGUACUUGUAAAUAG